AUUGCAAAGGUAGUUUUAAUCGAGAUCUUAUUGUUUGCGGAUGUUUCGGAGCGCAGGAAUAAUAAAAUUGUUUUCUUACAGAAGUACAAAAUAAAAAAAAAAACUAUAUUAUUAAAUUCAAAUCUCAAUACGAAACUCUGUGCAACAGUUAAGAGAGCAACGAGUGACAGAAAAAAUAUUUUAAAUUUGUGUGAUAUAAAUGUAAUACAUACAUAUAAAUGCAAAUUUAUAUUAUAAUGAUUUAUAAAUAUUAAUUUCUUCGAUCUUUGUGCAACAAAUUCAGUCGUUUCAGUGCGGAUCGUGAUCCAUUACUAAGCACAACAUGGAAUUACAAACAUUACAAGUAAAUAAUAAUACCAGUUCAUUAUCACAAGUGAUAUCUAACAGUAAUACUAUUGGAUCCAAUCACAGUCAUCACUCAAGCUCACUUAAUGUGCAGCAUUUACACCAACCAACUUCACAUAGUACAUCUGCACUUCACCUACAUUCUUCACCUGCUGGGACUUUAUCAGCAACUUCAGCGCAACACUUAGCUCAAAUACAAUCGCAUCAACACGAAAAUCCAUACUCGCAAGCUAUUCAAAGUGAUAAUGAGAAAAAUAAAGUACACAAUUUAAAUAAUUACAAUGGCAGUAACGGGUGUGAUGAAGAUUUGGGGACUAGUUCUUUAACAACAAACAAUCCGAUAAGCGCUGAAUCUUCAACAAAUUCAACAACAAACUUCAUGCAACAAACCGCUGUAGAAUGGUUAAACGCAAUGAAUGAAGCUCAAACAUCUGUCGAAGACAAUCAUAGUUCACAAGGAAGCUUAUCGGGUGAUGGUCACGGUGGUGUAAAUCAACUGGGUGGCGUUUUUGUCAAUGGUCGUCCACUUCCCGAUGUGGUACGUCAACGCAUCGUUGAAUUAGCACAUAAUGGCGUCCGUCCAUGUGAUAUAUCACGGCAAUUGCGAGUUAGUCAUGGAUGUGUAUCUAAAAUAUUGUCAAGGUAUUAUGAGACUGGAAGCUUUAAAGCCGGAGUUAUAGGGGGUUCCAAACCUAAAGUAGCCACUCCACCAGUUGUCGAUGCUAUUGCUAAUUACAAACGUGAAAAUCCAACGAUGUUCGCUUGGGAAAUACGAGAUAGACUUUUAGCGGAAAGUAUAUGCUCGCAGGAUAAUGUACCCAGCGUGUCAUCAAUUAACAGAAUUGUUCGAAACAAGGCCGCAGAGAAAGCAAAACAUGUCCACCACCAUCAAGCACAACAACACAACAGCGGCUGUUCUGCAGGUAACAGCGGCAACUCCAAUCACAAUGCAAUGGAUAGUGUGGAAAGCAAUGGGAAUGAUUUGAGUCACCAUCAGCAACAAAAUAGCUCUACUAACUCAAAUACUAACACGACAUCAGUUAUAGCACAUGCACCAGCCACCACUGUUGCAGCAGCGGUGACACAUUUACAACAACACCAGCAACAAAAUAUUCUUAAUACAGCGGCAACAACCCCAACUCUAAAUGUAAAUGCCACUAAUAAUCACAACGGCGUAGAACACCGAUCAACGGGAUAUAGUAUAAAUGGGAUACUGGGUAUACACCACUCUACAGAUCCAAAUGGAAUUUGCAUUAAAAGAAAACGUAUCGACGAUCAUGAUGAAAGUCGGGAUGUUAAUAUGCCUUCAGAGGACGACGUAAAGAGGCAAAGAAUAGCGUACAGUGGUGACCAAAUCUAUUCGAAUAUUUGGUCUGGGAAAUGGUGCAUCAAGGAUGAGCAUAAACUCCUGUCAGAAUUAGGUGGUUUGACUACGAAUAGUAAUACAGCCUAUUAUGACGCCCAUAAUAACUUUUCUGCAACAGGAGCCGCCGGAAACGAUGCAAUGAUUUAUGACAGUAUUACAUCAAUAUCGCAAAAUUCGCUAUAUACACCGUCACUAGGAGCAUCCAUUGGCAGUAGUUCGUUAACCCCUCUAGUGCCUAUAAAUAUGUCAGACAUGAAACUAAAUGCAAGUUCACUUGAAACAAACAUAUCGUCCUAUUACACAGCAAUAGCCAUAGAAAAUGGGCACUUUGGAACAAUAGCACAUGUAGAUAAUACAGUGGGCACAAUAAGCAGUGAACCACCAUCAAUUGGUUCUCAUUCUAGUGGUAAUGUAGCAUUACCAUCUGGAAUACUACCUAUUGCAAUUUUAACCGGAAAUACUGAUAUUAACAAUGACGAUGGAGCACAAGAUGAUAGUAUAAUACCUUCAAUAGAAAAUAGAUCAGCCAUAACCCCAUCAUUAUUAAACAGAGGAGAAAGUGCCAAAAAUGGCGUUCCCAACAAUAUCAUGACAGAAGUAUCCACAAUGACUGUAUCGUCUAAUACUCAACAACAAAGGCGUUUAGUAAAUGUACUUGAAAAACACAAUAGAAGUGAUAUAAGCGGUAAUGUUACAAAGUCUCCUGAUUCACAUUCAAAUACGAAUGAACAAGGUUGUGAGCAUCAUCGCCAGCACAUUCAACAGCAGGUUCUACAAUCCAGUGUAAUAAAUUCACCUCUUAUACUUCUUCAGCCAAGUGCCCAACCAAGAGAUACCUCAGGCGGUGAUUCCAUAAAUAAUAAUCCUGCAGAAUAUUCCACGAUUUUACCAAGUUUUAACCAUUAUUCGGCAGCAGCUUGCGGGUCCGUUGUGCCUACCACAGACUACACCUACAAUCCGGCAUAUUCUCAGUAUGGAUCCGCGUAUGGGUCUUAUGGAUAUACAGCAGGCACUGGUCUAUUAAAUUCUUCUUACUACUAUGAUGGGAGUCAAAGUCAAACAACAGGCGCAUUAAAUCAGGAUAUGCGAUCACCUUUGGCAGCCACCCGCGCCAACUCUUUGGCGUCUGCUGCAUCACCGACUGGAAGUGCCUGCACGAAAUCGGAAACAUCAGACAUAUUUUUGGUAUAGUAGUUUAAAAAUACAAAACAAAAUACCACACAUAUAAUCGAAAUUAAGAAUUGUUGCAAUAAUACCAAUAUUUAACUUAUAUUUAAGAUUAUAGCAGGCACUUUCGAAAUACAACCAGGAAUUUAACUUUAUCCUGUUGUAUUUUUGAAUCCUCGCAAAUAUAUUAAGAUGACUUAAAAUCGAAUAUUUCCUUCGGCAAUGUCAAAUAUAGAUAGUAUCUUGAAAUAAAAUGAAAGUGAAGCAUAGAACUUCCUCUAAAUAAACUAGAAGCUCACUUACUAAUAUAAACGGCAGCUGCUAACUUUACUGCGUCUAUUUUUACUCAAAUGCUCGUUAAGAAGGAGGUAAUUUCAUAUAAUUAAACUUUAUCAUGAGCAAAUGUAUUUAAUGCUAAAUGCUAACAUCAGUACAGAGUGUCCUUGAAGUAGUGUUACUGAAUUCCACAAAAAUUAUUUCUACCGAACCGUUUAUUACGUAAGCUGUCAUUGCCGAGUGUGCUUAAACGGUCAGUUGUAAACUUUCGUACAAAUACCAAACAUCUUUUUAAUAUAAAUUAGUAUAAGUAAUUCAACAUUUCAUAGCACAAUUAUGCCUAGCACUCUUCGCAUUAGUACUCGUACUAUCUAUCGUCAUUAUUAACACAGCACGAAACAACACUACACAAAACUGUGAUGUUGGGCAAAUAUAUUAUACCUUACGCGAAAAAAUAUGUGAAGAUGGGUCAAACCACGUCAAGUGGUCCAUGAAAUCGCAAUAUAACCGAUUUUGAAAAUUAGCAGUUGAUUAGCGCAAGUAACCUCCCGACAAAGCAAAAGCGCAUUGCGCAACGAUCGAUGUGCAAUAUAUUUUAAGAGCAGUAGGGGAACAAAAAAUUCAAUUUCUUUGGAAUAGUAUGAAUGAACACAAUUUUUUUUGCAGAUUAUUAAAGGUGGAUAUAUUCGGCGAUGUGUCACCUACUUUAAAAUUUCAAUUGUUUAACAAAAACUUACGUAAAAUAUUAUUAUUCAAAUAAAUGGAUCGUAAAAAAUGUCUAGAAUGUAGCACGAACAGUUUUCUUUGACUUCACAAAAUUUCAUCGAUUUAUCUCCAGUAGUUUUGGAAAAUAAUUCUACAAUUUUAUCGUCCUCUUAAUUUCAACCUUUAAUAACUUUAACAAAAAAAGAAUUUUGACGAAAUAUUUAUAUCAUGGAGUAUGCGUCUGGUCCUCUUCCUAAUGAACUGCUAAUUUUCUAAAUCGGUGAUUUUUCGAAAUUUUCAUGGACGACUUUACGUGGUUUGACCCAGAUAAAUGCUCUCGUUUUGAUAAUUUAAAGAUAAUAAAAAAGAAGAGUUCUCUAGAGCUGGCUCUACUUUCGUUCGCACAUUUGUAUAUAUAUUAUUUUGGCUUUUCUUAGCCGACCACUGACUUAAAAUGAUAAGAAUACGGCCAAGGAUUCAGUAAUAUAAAUAUUACAGGGUUUUGUUCGGAAAGUAAUAGGACUGAGUCGAUUUUAAAAUAUUUAUUGAACCAAUCAUUUCAAUUCUUUAAAAACUUUUUAAAAGGCUCCCUCUGCGUCAAUGCAGCUCUGACAGCGCGAUUUCCAAGCAUUGAAGGCGUCACGGAAGGCAUUCUCAUUCUAGCCUUGAGAGUCGAGGUGCUGCUUGGAUCCCCUUUCAUCGGCGUUUUCAGGCAAGGAAACAAAAAAGUAAAAGGGACCACAUCUGGGCUAAAGAAACACGUCGAGCGAAAAUUUUGUCCUGACUCUCCAGGUGCUCGGAUACAUUCAUUCGUUCGUUAAUUAGGAACGCGGUCUAUCGAAUCCAGUCGGUGCGCACACGCUCCGAAGUACAGUCGCGGCGGAAGAAAAUCAGUCAUCAUUGUUUUACGGACAAACCCUGUCAUAAAUGGUGGUUGGCGAAGUCAUUGGUUUACUUCUUUUGUUUUUGAUACCAAAAGUCAUUUGAAUAAUUAUAGUCUCCUAAUGCAGUCUUAAGUGUUGUCUAACAUUUUUAUGGUAAAAUUAAAUGGAUGGGGUUCCCAAAGCAGAUAGGUGUUUAAUAACGGACAGAUAAAUGGAGAGUUUGCUUUUAAGUUUCAUUCAAAUACCUAUUUUACAGGGAUUUUUUGGAUAUUUUUUUGGGAUUUGUCUUUUUGUCAUUUAAAAAAAAGUAAUUGCUUGAGUUCAAUAGUGAUAUGUGAACAAAAUCUAAUUAUCCUCCUAAAUAUAUCUUCCUUCCCUGAUUAAUUUUACUUAUGUACUUAUAUUAUAACAGUGUAGUCAUGUGGUGCCCUUUAACCUUUUAGUGAAUCAGUCUUUUAUUUCAAAUAUCCCGGCUUUAGUUCAAUUCUAUGCCCUAAGUAUGAAUAAUCAAUAUAGCACAAUUACAUCACAAGUUAUACAAACGAACAUACCUCGUAACACGUGGAAAUCUUUCAGCGCAUUACACUAAUUUAUAUCGGUAUUUUGCUUGUCACGUUUGUCUCAAGUCUCUAAUUAUCACAAUCGUAAUUUAGGAUUUGUCACCGGUGUAAGAAGCCAUGGCUCCAAUGGAUAUCCCGAAUCAACCAAAAAACAAUUUAAAAGCUCCGUCAGAGUGUUCUCUUAUAAGCUUUAUCCUUGCUGGCGAAGUAAUUAAGUAAUUACGAUUGUGACAAUUAGAGACAUGAGGCAAUCGUGACAAGCAGAAUACCGAUAUUAGAGUCAUUUUCCGACUGUGACCUUAGAGGUUAUUUCUUUCUAAUUUUGGGUUGCUAAAACCUCAUAGCACAUCAGUCGUAAAUUUUUCUUUUUUAUGUUGCCUAGUCAGUUCACGUAGGCAAUUCGGGUCGGGCAACUUUCUGCAUUCCCCUUCGUAUCUUUUUCUUGUAGGUAGGUAGGUUUUUUGUCAUUUUAAAAAAUAUUUCCGUUACGUUAUGCUCAUUUGUAAACAUGUUUGCAUAUUCCAUACAAAAAAUAUAUGACAAAAUUUAUAGUUCCGAAUAUUAUAUUGUAAACCUUUUUCAGAAAUUGGGUGCAAUUGCAGCCAAUCGAAGAAUUUACAAUGAACAAGUAAGGAAGGGAUCGUGCUUAGUUAUGGUGCUUUACUAUAUAUGUUGGUUAAUGGCGAUUUCUGCUCAUGGCAGUGGUCCGAUUACGACUAUCUUCGAAGUCGUAUCUUUUUUUUUUGUUUUAAGGAACAUUAAACAAAGUUUCAUCGGAAUAUCUAAAUUUUAACUCAAGUUACAGCUUACACGGACGGACGGGUAGAUAGACAGGAUUUCAACGGAUUUCUCGUCGUCCUGAUCACUUAUAUUUAGUUUGAAAUGAUACGUACUCGUACAACCGUUAGGUAAACAAAACUGUAAUACUCUGUACCAACUGGUUGCAAGAGUAUAAAAUGAAUGGCGUUGUUGUUGUUGUUGUUCUAACGGUUAUCAGUCCCCGUUGGGAUGAUAAGGGUUAUCUAGUUUGUCGUCGACAUCAUCUAGCGGUAGGCCCAGGAAACGUGCGGUCAGGGGUCGGACCAAAGGGUGUUAGAUGUGGGGGGUUGGCGGGGUUUUCAGGGCAUGCAAAGUGGUGGUCAGUGUCAUGCGGAGACUCAUUGCACGCAGGACAUAUUGGAUAUGUCGGGAUCUAUUCUGGACAAGAAGGAGUUUAACCUACUACAGUAUCCAGAACGAAGCUGCGCAAGGAUCACUUGCGUUUCUCGCGACAACUCGAGCUCUUCAUGGCGGUCAGUACCUGUCGGAAGUUAGUUGUGUCCGAAGUCCGGUUGGCGUACUGUUCGAUGUCGCCGACGUAAUUUAGGAAAGACCUAUUGAUGUUCCUAGGAGGAACUGCUUGUAGAGGAGUUCGUAAUGCUCCUUAACUGAGAGCAUAACCAUCUCACUGUGUAGAUGUUCGACGGGAGACAUCAAGAGCCAUCCUGUCGUGGUCUGGAGUGCAGUGUUCUGGCAGGUCUGAAGUUUCUCCAUCGGCGUACCAGGCGAUCUUAUUGGUGCGGCGUAAUUGUGGACCGGCCGGCCGAUUGUCUUUUAAGUUGCCCACAACGUUUCUUUGUCUUUUCCCCAUGUGCUUCCGGCUAGCGACUUGUUGAUUUUGUUGUAUGAGGAGUGAAGGAGCAUAGACUAUCAAAUAUUACACCUAAACUCUUAAGACUAUUGACAGUCGGAAUCUUGACGCCAUCGACUGCAAAGUUAAGCUGAAUUCUAUACUGCUUCGUCCAGUUCGUAAAUAUGGUUGCUGUAGACUUGGUAGGGUAAUGUGUUAGGUUCCAUGCAGAGAAAAACGAGAAAGGUCGGAGAGAUAGCUGUUUACUUUUGAACACAUGCCAUCGAUUCCAUUGCCCGACGUCAAUAUAGUGCAAUCAUCACCAUACGACGUUAUGGAAACUCUCUCUGGUGGCUGUGGGAGUUUCGAAAUAUAGAAGUUAAACAGUAGCGGGAAAAGGACACCACCCUGCGGAACCCCCUGUUUAAUUCUUCUUAGCUUAGAUGUUUCUCCUCGAAAUAGUACGGAUGACUGUCGACCGCUCAGGUAGUUCAUGAUCCCCUCUUCAGUCCUAGGGGGAGCGUAGUUUUUUCGAUGUCCUGCAGUAACAUUGUGUGAUUAGCAGUGUCAAAGACUUUUGACAAGUCCAACGCUAUGAGAAUCGUUCUCUCACAGUGUGGUUUCUGGUUGAGGCCGCGAACUUUCUGAGCGUUUAUGACGCUAAGUAGUGUGGUGGUUCUGUGCACUUUUCGGAAUCCAUGCUGGUGGCUGGCUAGGCUCAGGUGGUGGGUGAAGGUCGGGAGUAGCAAGGCCUCAAGUGUCUUCACUACUGGUGAGAGGAGAGAUAUCGGGCGAUAGGACUCCCCUUUGUUGGCGGGUUUCCCAAGUUUCAGUAGUGGAAGGACUCUUCCGAUUUUCCACACAUUUGAAGAGAGGUUCAGCGGCAGGUAGAAGACCUUGGUUAGAUAGCUAACUCUCGUCGAGCUUAGAUGCUUUAGCACAAGCAUGUUGAUUCCAUCAGGCCCAUGGAUUUGGAUGAUUUUGCUUUGUUGAUGACAUUUUGAACCUCCUCAUCGGUGAAAAUAAGUGGUCGUUUGGCAUUUUGCGCAGCCGUCGGUUAACGCAUCGCUUGGCUUUAUCUACCGAAGGAUGCAGAGUAAACUGCAGGCUGAAAUAGCUCGCGCACUUUUUGGGGUCCGAAGAGGCAUGGCCUUUGAAUUGAACUUCAACUCGGUCAUCAUAUCUCUUCGGGUUAGACAAAGCCCUGACAGUAAGCCAAAGCUUACUCACACCGGUGGAGAGGUUGCAGGACUUCAGGUGCUCUAUCCAUUUCGUCCGCUGGUUUACCAAUCGCCGAAUCUUCAAAUUGAGAUCCCUUAUUCGGUGAUCCCCGAGAUCGGCAUGGCGUAAGGUGUCGCGCUCGUUAGCUAAAACGGCUACUUCGGCUGGGAAGCUGGGGCGGAUUUCCGCUAUUCGUCCAGCUGGGAUGAAGCGAGCGGUAGCUGCUGAGAUCACCUUGCGUAAUCGACGUUCGCCAACGUCCGUAGGAAUGAGCAGAGCGUUAAAGGUGCUCUCAGUAAAUUCUGUGAAGCCGACCCAGUUAGCGUUGUUAAAGUUAACGAAGGUACGGUUGUCCACAGAAACAAAAUCGAAAGGUUUCUCGAUUGAGAUAAUUAUGGGCAGAUGAUGCGAGAGUUAGCAUAGGUCGCCAGGUGCCCAUAACUCUUGUAGUUCAUUGUGCAGAAUAUCGAAUCGUCAAUCUGUUCCGCCAGCUCCAUCCCCCUACGAUCGUUUGACAGGCAGGAAUGCCAAAGAUGGUGGUGCGCGCUAAAGUCGCCUAAUACCAGACGGUUUUCACCACGAAGUAGCGCACCUAUAUUCGGGUCAUAUUCUGAAGGGCAAUUUGUAACUGGGGAGAUAUGUAUACAUAUAUUAAAUAUUUCGAGUUCUACAUCGCCUGACCGGAUGGCUAUACCCUAACAUUUUAGGGUAGUACCCUGCGGUCAAUGUCUACAUCGAUUAGACUAUACAGCACGGUGUUGUGCAAUAUGAAGGCUAAGCCUUCACUAUAAUCUCGCUCGCGAUCCUUAUGUAAGACGUUGAAACUGGCACAACUCCAAAGAUCUGAGUGGCUGUUUAGCUUGGUUUCUUGGACCAAAACCAUCGAUACGCGUUCCCGGUCCACAAAUUCAACUAUCUUCUUGAUCUUACGCUGGCGUUCAUCGCAAUUGAAUUGAAGUAUGCGGGCUUUUCGCAUGUCUCCGUGGGUGAUCCUGGGGAUGAGGGAGUGGAGUGUAGGUGGUGUUUGUUGCAGCUGUAGAACCCGCAGUGGCGGUUGGCAAAGUGGGAGCUAUGUUACCUGUUUGAACUCCUGGGGACCGUGGAGGUUCUCUGUUGGCCAAUUGGAGUGCGUGGCGGCGCAGCGUGCGAAAUUGAAAAUUGCACAGCCGUGCUAUUGUCGCAGUAUUGCGUUGGCAACAUGGGGCUACGUAACUCGUUGUCUACUCCCUAUGUGUGUUAAGGCUGAGCAGGUCUUGCAUGUCCAUCCAUUGCAUGUGUUAUACCAGAUCGAGGUGGAGUUUAGAUGGAGUCUUUUAGCGCAGACGCAGCAGAAAAAUUCCUCCGGGCCCGGGUUGGACUCAAUGCCAGCACGAGUCCGGAGGAUACGGAGCAACCCUGCUGCAAAGCAUUGCUCUAAUGACGACAAACUUAGAUUAACACAAACAGAUCGCCGAAAAAACAGCUCUUGGCCGGAUAAAAUCCGGGUCAAUUCCGGUGCGUAGAACCGGCUGUCGUGGGAAAAGAAUAACGUAUUAGGUAGCAGUGAACGCCUAAAUUACAGUUUUUCCUUAUCGCUCUCUCGGGUGCAAGUUUCCUCAAAUGAACAAGCACGAAGGAAACUUUUUUUUUAUACCCCUAACGAUUUGAGAGCAUUUUAUGCCGAAACAACAUCAAAUUAUAUUUCGGAGGAAUUUUCUUUAUAUUUUUUAUGUUAAGCAUGUAAUGAAAUUACUCGAAUGCGUUUGCGAGUAACCUAAACGUAGCUAAUAAUGGACGAUUAUUUUAUUAUUUUCAAAGAUAUUAUCGAUUUGACAAAACCGAAGUUAAUAACUUAUACAUGAAAUGUAAUAAUUUGAUACUCUGGAACUCGAAAAAGUAUUAAGUAAAAAGUAAGGAAGGUCUUAGAUCGGGUGUAACCGAACAUUUUAUACUCUCGUUAUAUGCAAGGCUCAAAGCCGAUUAAGUAUUAUCAGGUAUUGACAAAACUUUAACUUAAAAAAUGUUUCGAAGGAAGUAUUGUAAUCAUACUAUGUGUCUUAUUAACUUAUAUUAUAAGCAUUGGACUCACUUAUCUUCAUUUCUAUACUUGUUUCAUGUCCUAGGAUUUAUAUUAAAAUCAAUGUAAUCAACUCAAAUGAUAUGCAUGUGAUAUAUACACAACCAAAGUAGCUAAAUCAGUUGAGGAAAAGGUCGACAAGAGAAACGAUCUAGACCAAUUUCAUUCAUAUUUAGCGCUAAACCUCAUAAUGCUUAGGAAAACAUAUCCAUUUCAUAUCAUUGAACUAACUCAUUUGUUGACCAAUUUUAAACGGUUUAAAGUUAGCUGAAAAGUGAGAGAUCAUUGUAUCGGAUGUAUUUGAGUCUGGACUGGUUGCCUUAACUUUUGCUAUUACUCAAGUAUACUGGGAUACUCCCCAUGUAAUUUUAUAAAGAUAAUUACCACGAGAGCUAAGGAAAUUUGUUGAAAGAUUUCACACAUUUUCGUUUGAAACUCUGUUAUUAACUUGUUGUUGUCGAGCAUAUCAUGCACUCAUCUGAAAUUAUGGUUGAACUUUUUUCAUCACUGUUGCUAUUCCGCUAUCUUUUGUUAUGUAACAUAUUUUGUUUGUGCGUCCUUCGCCGAUCAUUUAACAAAGUAGCCGCAAUACCUGACGAUGCAUCUGCUUAGACGAUUUUCUGUUGUGUUAUUAUUAAUACCAUGAUUUUAAAUGGUGUGUCCAAAAAAAAAACGUUUUCUUCAUUAACAACAAUCAGUAUAAUCCAUAAACAUAUUUAUAUAUGUAUGUUAACCAAAAUUGCUGAACCCUGGCCGUACGAGUAACUGUGUGGUGAUAUUUUUUUUUUGGAAGUAAAGAAAUAUUCAAAUGAUUCUUACAUGAAAACUGGACACAUACUUGAUCUGAAAUAUAUUGGGUUGUCAAAAAAGUCUUGCGGUAUUUUUUAUUGAAUCAAUUCGUGUGGCACCCAUACAUCUUACUUCUAGUGACUCCAAGCUUCUUCAAAUGGUUUAUAACGGUUUGAUGACUACUAUGCCGGUCUCUUUCGACCAAUUCGGCGAUUUUCUCGCAAUUUUCGACGACAGGCCUUCCGGAGCGUGGCGCAUCUUCGACCAUCUCUACACCAGAACGAAAACGUUGAAACCAUCGUUGUGCGGUGGAAAUGGAAACUGUAUCGGGUCCAUAAACUGCACAAAUUUUAUUGGCGGCUUGAGAUGCAUUUUUGCCUUUAUCGUAGUAGUACUGUAAAAUAUGCCGUAUUUUCUCUUUAUUUUGCUCCAUGUUUGCGACGCUAUAACUCACGAACGACUUAAAAGACACGAAAAACUAGAAAAAACUAGACCUACGCGCUUUCAGCGCCAACUAGCGAAAGUAUCGCAAGACUUUUUUGACAACCCAAUAUUUUUAUAUGUAUGAAUUGUUUUCACUUUUAACAUAAAAAUAUAAAAUGUGUCCAUCCUCAAAAUAAUACCUGUGCAAAUUUUUAAGUUUUUCCGCGCUGCUGUUCGGGCGUUAUGCGGGCACAGAACGAGUUAGUGUUUCAUUUUUAUACAAGUAUAUAAGAUAUGAAGGCUAAUUUAGUAUUGAGCCAUUAGUCCAUAUUUGACUUAACGACAUACUAUUAUUUUGUGACUUUAAAUGGGAUACGUCGCAUAUUGACCAAUAUAUAAGGCUUUGGUUUAAAUUGGUCUAUUAGUUAUUUAGAUAUUGGAUUUCCCCUAAAGGUGAGUGGAGCCACACCAAAAGUCCAAUUUUGUGACCGGUUCUUUUUUGUACCAUCUCGGGUGUACGCACAGACAAACAUUCACCAGGAUUUUGACUAAAACUAUUAUACUUUGUAGAAACAUGUUACGAGAGUAUAAAAAUAUUUAUUGGAUUAAUGUCAUAAAAGUAAGAAAUACUAUUCUUCAUUUCUGUCACUUAUGUAUAAUAAAUAUAUAAAUCGAAAAGAUCAACGUUCGUAGGUUUAAGCUAAACAAUUGAAAAUUGUAAUAAUUUUGACUGGAUAUAGUUACAAGCUAGUCAUAGUUUUUCUCAUGGUAAUGAUUAGUGUGAGAAGUAUCGAUAACGGGUAUUUUCUCAAAUAUAAAAAUAACACCAAAAAUCCAAUGAUGAGCGUAGAAAUUUCAGUCGCGAAAUAUAAAAUUUGUACUAAUAUGUUAUUUACGAAGAAUGUCGUAGCAUUGAGUACUACGAUCCAUUUAAGCAAGUCAUUUUAAGUAAAUAUAAUUCAUUUGAAAUAAUGAGCACUGCUCAAUUUUUAGUAUCCGUAAACAUCACUCUCAAUAGAAAGUUCUGAGCUCCAAUAUAAUAGCCAACACAUAAAAUAAUAACUGUACUUACCAUUUGUCAGCUUAAUAAGAGAAUAUAUGCAAUAUACUUGUAUAUAUUUUUCUGGGCUUAACCAAGCAUUAAAUACAAAGAUUUUUUAAUAAAACAUAAGCAGUAAUAAGACAUUAUAUCGUAAGUAGUUUCUUGUAGAUGUAAAUUUGGAUAAAUUACGAGUAUAUGAUCAGAUAAAUUUAUAUGAGAUAAACAAUGAAUUAGAAUAAUAAAAACAAGACAAAGAAAUAUAUUUAUUUAUUAUAUAUAGUAAAUAAAUAAUAAAGAAAUACAUAUGUAGGAAGUGCAUAACAAAUCACAAAUUUAGUUAGCUUUGAGUGACCUCUUUAACACAUAGUCAAUAGGUAUUAUUUUAAUGAUUAUGUGAAAAUAUGUAUAACAAUCAAUCGAAUCAAUUUUUUGUACUUAUGUAUAACUUAAUAAAAAAUACAGUAUUAUUAAAUAUGUUGAUUAACAGUAAUUUUGAAGACAAAGAUGCUUUUGAAACCAAAAAAUUGUCCAGUUUUAUAUAAAUCAAUAUUUUUUAGUAGAAGUGGAACUUGCAUUUUAUGUGAUUUGUGGACGUAUGUUUAUUUUAAUAAUAAAAUAAAUAUUGCAAAGAUGUAUGAAACUUUUAUGUGUCGAGGAUGUAAAUUAGUGAUCACAAGCAUCAGUACUUAUAUCAUAAAUCUAUAAGUAAUUUUAAUAUUGUAUCUGAGAUUAUAUAUUGUAAACACUUUUAAAACAGUUUAAUCAAAUGAGCAGCAGUAAAAAAUUUAAUUAUAAUUAUUUUAUGAAUAGCAGAAUAUUUACAACUUUUCAUAUUAUACUAUAUAUUUAUGUACAACUAUAUUUUUAUUUAAAUAAUCUGCAGCCCAAUUUGUAUAAAACCUGAAAAGCGAAGACACAAAGAAACAAUAAAUAAUAUUUCAAUGAAAAGUA